AACUACAGCAAUUGGGUCAGGUAUUCUGCGCCUCCAUGAAGGGGAACGACAACGAUACAGAUGUUUGUUUCGAACAGCUUAGGCUGUUGCCAAAAGAUGUAAACCCUUUGUCGACUAUGAAUACAUAUGCAAGCUACAAAUUUUGAAUGGCGUUGAUUUGGGUAAGAAUUAUUUGCACGAAAAGGCUGCAGCCAAGUUUAUCAAGUAUGUGGCUGAUGAGAUAAGACUGACAACAGCUCGUGCUCUGGUUGAACAUCGAUACGUCUCGGUAAUAUGUGAUGGAUCAACAGAUUUAACUGUGAUAGAGCAAGAGAUGGUUACGGUACGAUACGUUGAACUUUCUAGUUGUCAACCUGUAACGAAGUUGGCUGCCUUGGUAGACCUGAAGUACGCUAACGCAGAUGGAGUGUAUUCAGCUUUGCAAACAGGCCUGAAGCAUGUUGUGAAUGAUGAUCUCCCCGAUGCUCUAAAUAUUGUUUGCGGCAAUUUUGAUGGUGCUGCUGUCAUGAUGGGGGCUCGCAAUGGUGUCAAGGCUAAGCUCAUUUGUGACCAUCCCUGUGCUACAAUAGUACAUUGUGUUGCACACAAACUGGAAUUGGCUGUUCUCGACGCGGUUAAGAAAACGUGUUAUCUUGAUGAGUUUGAAAGAACCUCAAAGGAAAUUAUUAAGCUUUACCAUUAUUCCCCUAAACGACGACGGGAACUGCGACAAGUUGCGGAUACUCUUUUUGAAGAUGAUCUCGAGUCAUUCUCCGACAUCAAAUAGAUCAGAUGGAUUGUCAGCAAAGAGCGAGCUCUAAAAGCUAUUUUGCACAAUUUGCCAUCUUUAGCCUCCCACUUAGAGCACAUGACCGUCGGUGAUGGCAAUAGCGAUGAAGAGAAGUCCAGGGCACGAGGCUUGCUGGAUAAUGUUUUGAGCUUCCGGUUUGUUUUUUGGCUUCAUAUUAUGCUAGAUUUUUUGAGUGUUGUGACAAAGGUUUCACGAAAAUUUCAGCAAGACAAGUUAACAGUACUCGAAAUUCCAGAUAUCAUCACUGGUUGCAUUGACGGUCUUUCUGAUCUUAUUGAACAAGGCGGAGACAUCGAAAAUCAUUCAAUCUGAAAUUCAAUGCCUACAAAAACAAAUUUGGCAAAAUUCAGUUGCGAGGUAGAAGGAUGACGAGAGAAAGUGCGAAAACAGACGGCAUAGACUGGGACAUGGACGCAACAAAUCUAGUUGAAAGUUCGAUAGCGUAUCUGAAACAGAGAUUUGCCUGCUUCGAUGAAGAACCAUUGAAGCAU